UCCCAUGCGGGAUCAGUGCAAUCAGCAAUCGCUGUCCCACCCUAGAAGAUCAUUUGUGUCCACUUUUCAAGUCAGCGUGUGAAGAAAAUAGCCCCCAACCUCGAAAGAAGGUACCGGGAGAGGAAGACUCGUUUGUGGGCGCAAAGAACACUCAACCUGGCCUAAGGGAUUCGGGAGUCCCUGACGUGGACCAAGUGACACCGUUUAAUGUGGCCUUCUCCGGCGUGCCGGUUACACCCAUCAUCAGGCAAUUGAUUACGGAGUUGAGAUCAUCGCAGCCCCCUAGCCACGGUGCACGGGUUGCUGAAGACGUUGAUGUCAGCACCGCCGUUCCUGAAGCUGUGAUGCGAGAGGAGGGUCAGGUGGCCGAAGACCCAGAGCCGACAAUUCGUCAUGAAGAGGUCUCUGCUGCUUCUCCUGUCGGCACCGAAGUCUCUGGGGAUGCAGGGACCAGGGCUCCUUCUGAACCAGAGACUCCCAUUGUGGAAGUUGGGGGCCCUGGAGUCUUGGAGUAUCAGCUUGGGGAUGAGGGUGUGGAACCUAAGGUGAUCUUCCCAUCGGAGGAACUGACAUAUGAGGAGGAGUUAACUCAGAUACGGCAAGAGCAAGGGGAGUACUGUGACAAACAUGACAUCCCUCCUCUGCAUUACGCGGCUGUAGACCUUGUCCAGGUUCAGGGCCAUCUCAAGGGCGAGUAGUAUAGCGUUUCUGGAUCGGUAGCAAAAUUUACUUCAACUGUUACACAGGUUGGAUGGUUGUUAGAGGCAAACUUGCAUCCAGAAGUUGUGGGGCCUAUGUUGAACACUAUCGUGACGAUAAUGGACCAUGUGAUGAAUCGCCCAAUGGAAGAGCUUUCGUGGUCAGAUUUUUCCGACCGGUUAGAGGCCUGCCACUCGUUUUCUAUCAUGGGCUUCUUUAUGGCUCAGAUUGAAGAGCGGGUCGUCAUGUUGGCACACACAUUCUAGAAAGCUAGCCUCAAAGUGUCUCAGUUUGUCUUAUUUUGCUCAUUGAAGGAUGCACGCCUCUACCGGAGGGUUGUCGAGAUUAGUAUCGCGAAGGCAACAAAGAAGCUUGAGUCACUAUUGGAUGAAUGCGCUAGGCAAAGGAAAAUCCUCGCCGAAUAUGAAGCAGAUUUGAAAGAUCUCUGAGACUUCGAAGAGUGUAGCCUAGUCAUGGAGUCUGUUAUGGGCCCAAGCGUAGGAUCGUGUCACGGGUCAUUCCGCCGUCAGAGCCUCGGACCUUUCCUUGCCCUUGGCCUUGCGUACAGGCCCUAUUUUGACGGUCGUGGGGGGGUGAUUUGUCCAAGAGAUCACCGAACUCUCCUUACUUCCUUUCUUAACUGCAAAAUUCGAUACUUCAUUCAAUAAUAGCGUCUCCUUAAAUAGGAGAUUACAAGAGGAGGUUUCCUUGUUGGAUUCGGCUAGACUAGUCCUAACGGACUCAAACUCCUACUCCUAAUUAAACUACU